AUGGCUGCAAAGCGCAUUUUCGCUGAUGAAGAUUUUACGUGCCCCGUGUGCUGUGACAUUUUCACAGAUCCUGUUCUUUUGCAAUGCAGUCAUAGUGUAUGUAAAGCCUGUGUGGAGCAAUACUGGAUCACUAAACCGUUUCGACAGUGCCCUAUUUGCAGAAAAAGAUCAAAAAGAAAUCCGCCCAUUAACCUGGCGUUGAGGAAUCUAUGCGAAGCUUUCCUUGAGGAUAGAAAUCAACGCGCAUCUGAAGUGCUUUGCGCUUUACACGACGAAAAACUUAAGCUUUUCUGUCUUGACGAUAAAGAACCUGUGUGUUUGGUAUGUCGAGACUCCAGUAAACACAAAGACCAUAGGUUUCGACCCGUGGAUGAAGCAGUUCGCGACGUAAAGGAGGAGAUCCGGAGAACUUUGAUUCCUUUGAAUGAGAAAAAGAGAGUGCUUGAAAAAGCGAAACAAACGUUUAUACAAAAGGAACAGUAUGUUCAGAGCCAGGGUAAGACAACAGAGAAGCUGAUUAAAGAAGAGUUUCUAAAACUUCACCAGUUCUUGUUCAAAGAACAAGAGUCCAGGAUGACUGCUGUGAGGGAAGAGAGAAGAAUAAAGUGUGAGAUAAUUCAGAAGAAGGUGGAGACAAUGGACAGAGAGAUAUCAUCUGUUAUUCAGAUUAUCAGAGAGGUGGAGAAGAGAUUAGGAGUGAACAACAUCUCAGUUCUGCAGAACUUUAAGGAUACCUUGAAACAGUAA